GCACACACUCCCGCGCUUCCCUUGCGAGACACACUACGACGACCCCGCAACCGACUGCCUGGUUAGCUGGCUAUCUAUCUAACUACAAUAGCGAGGCUUGGGGCCCCACAAUACUGAUCGCCGCUGUUUAUCGGUUUUAUCUACCUACCUACCUACCUACUUGUCGGUGCUUUGUUGAUUGGGAGUAACGAGGCGAGCUAUGGCGCAGUCGAAGAUCGAUCCUGCUACGCUCAGCGCGUUUGAGAACGCGGCUGCGGGACACGACGGCGUGCUGUCGGACCCCUCGGGCGAGCUCGUCAUCAAGCCCUGCACAACAGCCGAAAUCGCCUUCUACGAGUCCGCCAAUGCGGAACACGGCGCGCUGGCGGCGUACAUGCCCACGUUCAUGGGGACGCUGCAGCUGGACGCGACGGCGUCGAGCGCCGCGGCUGUGGACAGCGCCACUGCGGCUGCGCCGGCCAUACCGGAGGCGGGCGCCGCGGCUAAGGACAGCGUGCUCGGGGGCUCGUUUGGCGAGACGGGCGGCAUGGCGGGCAAGAUGGGCGGCGUGGACUCCAAGGCUGCAUGGCAGCAGCAGCCGCAGCAGCAGGCGGAGGAAGAGGAGAAAGAGGCAGCACCAGGUACAGCAGCGACGCUGAAGCCCGACGACCCGGGCCCUAUGAAGGGCAAGAAGCUGGACACGGAGACGAGCAUCGUGCUGGCGAACGCGGCGGCCGGCUUCGCCCGCCCCAACAUCCUCGACCUCAAGCUCGGCGCGCGCCUCUACGACGACGACGCCGCGCCCGCCAAGCGCGCCCGCCUCGACAAGGUCGCCGCCGAAACCACCAGCUCCAGCCUCGGGUUCCGCGUCGCGGGCAUGCGCGUCUGGCAGGGCGCGCCGACGCCGGCGCAGCAGGGCGCCGACGCGCCGCGCGCGACGGCCACCGAGACGGACCAGUUCGCGACGCUGGACCGGACGAGCGGGUACAAGACGUUCAACAAGCUGUACGGGCGCGCGUUCAGCGCCGACAGCGUGCGCGACGCGUUCAGGGAGUUUCUAGUCGUGCGCGCGGCGGGUGUCGGCCCUGCUGCUGCGCGCAAGACGACACAGCGCUUCUUGGCCGACGUCAAGGCCGUGCGCGCCGUCUUGGAGCGCGAGGAGAGCAGGAUGUACAGCGCCAGCUUGCUGUUCGUGUACGAGGGCGAUGCGGAGGCGGCGCUGGAGCUGCGCGACGCGGCGAGGAAGGCUGAAGGCGAUGUUCAGACGGCCACGAGUUCGGGGGCGAAGGGCUGGAAUGAAGAGGACGAUGAUGAGGUUGAUGUGGAUGUGGACGAUGAGGAUGAGGACGAGCCCAAGCUUGCCGUCGUCAAGUUGAUCGAUUUUGCGCAUGCGGCUUGGACGCCGGGCCAGGGGCCCGAUGAGAAUCUGCUUAGGGGCGUGCGGUCGAUUCAGAAGUUGCUGGAGGAGAUGGAGGAGGAGCUGGCUAAGGAGGCGGAGUAGGUGGGCUUUCCUCUUCCUGCUUCUUCUGCUCCUUGGUCCAGCUGUUUUUUUGGGCUGUGGUAGGGGCUUUGAGGGUAGAGCUAGAUGCGUGCGUGGUAUAAGGUGGGUAGAGCGGACUGUAGAUACCCUAGCGUGGAAUCAAUCAUUCAAUCGAUCGCUUGCUUCGGCGUUGAGAUCAGUGGUUCCUUGUGCGAUGAGAUAGAUGUACAUAUUCUCUAUUACGGGCGUGCUUCCAGCU